AGCCACUCAAAUGGGGCUUGGAAUGGCGGGCGUGGAAUGGCGAUGGAGGUGAGGCGAUCGCGGCCAAUCUCGCGGAUUUUCUCGUGAUUUCUCUGCGCGGAGGUACUGCCGUGAUGGCGCCCGCAGAAGCUGGGGAAAUUCCUGGUAGCGAAGAGCGGCGAGCAUUUCAGGUGGAAGAAGACGAGCCAGUGCUGAAGCGUGCCGCGUCGGUGUUCUUCGCGGAUAUGGUGGCGAGCGCCACUUCUUCGUUGGAGAGCUGCGCGCGAUCGAAUUACCCCAACGGCAAAGACGCGAAUCUGGUGGAGCCUUUUGCUUCCGCUCCUCCAUUCUGGGAGGGUGGCCCUCCUCCAGCAACUCUCUUGGAUCUCAACGUUCCAUUGCUGGCACCAAAGCUGGAUUGCUCAAGCGCUGGUGGUGGUGGUGGUGGUGGUGGCGAUCCCCUCUUUGACUUUCAAGAGUUCCACCAUCGUCUCCACGACGUAAGCAAAGCUCCAUUCUCGCAGUAUCAUUACGAUGACCAUCUUACCUGGGAGAGUUUUUUUACUCCUGCCGCUGCUGCUUCUGGUACUCAGGGCCAAGACGAUCCUUUCCAGGGUUACAACGUGAGCUCUUCGCACGAUCGCGGCUAUAAUGGUAGCGUCUCUCAGCUCCUUGACGCGUUAGCGCCACCACGACCGGCAGAGUCUUGUAGCGGCGGUAACGUCCAAGCCAGGAUGGGAAAUCUCAUGGAGCUUCUCUACGGACGCCAGGAGGCUGCUUCUCAGCUCGGGCCGCCACCGGCGAUGGAGUCUUCGACCGGUGAUGGAGCUAAAGUUCAAGACAAAGCUGGCGACGACGAUGGUGGGUUUGUGGAGCCUCUGUACAGUCGCAUACGGAGCCAGGAGGAGGAUGAGCAGGAUUUGGAGUUUGGGAACUUCUGGGAUGGCGAGAAGCCUGCUCAGCACUCGGCGUUGCCGGGAGCUUGCACGGCCGACUGUCACGACUUGGUGAGCAGCAUCUCGAACCUGUCGAAGGUUUUGCUGUCGCACUAUGGAGCUCGAGAGAAGAAGGCACCGAAUUCUUUUCUGCGACAAGCAGGGAUAAAGGACUUGCAGUCGGCCAUAUUGGACCUCUCCAAGUGCCUCGUUCAUGCACACGGCCAGCAAAAUGCCACUGUGGAGGAUGCAAAUCAGCAGGUCGAAGAGAGCAAGAACCCUUCCGAGGAGGAUCCAAACUUUGGACUGUACAGCGAGACUGACGAGCAGCCUGCCGAGCACGACGAAGACGGUAACGAGCAGCUUGUGACGAGGUUUAAGAUUCUCUUGGAAUUGGCUGGAAAAGGUCCCAAGGAGGUGGAAGAGGUUGUCUCCAAAAGCGAUCCCGAGCCCGAGGAGAAGCAGCAGAACCCUUCGUACCUCGACAGCAACCAAGUGGAGCAGAGGCUGGCGCUCUUGAGAAGCCGCCCCCAGUGGAGUGAUGACGAUGGUGCCGCGACGAUGAGUGGCGAGGACAUCCAAGUGCGAGACGACUACGUUCCGAAACGUACCGCGUCCUUGAAGGAGCUGUCCGACCGCCUCAUGAAGAAUGGCGUGCAAGCAGCAGCAGCAGCAGCAAAUCCAGCAGCAGACAAGGGGUCUGAUAGCAGCGAAGAGUUCGGCUGGGAGCACAUCUAAGAUCAUCUCUUGCGCUUUGCGUGUAAGUAAGUUUGCUAAAGUGGAGAUCUUCAAACUUCCAGACUGGAUUUCCUUAGUAGAAAAGCUAUAAAGACAAAAAGAGAGGCACUGCUGGUGUCCACCAAGAAGUGUACAGUACGAUCAAAAAAAGAGACGCUUGGAUUUCUCUCAAAA